ACUUACCGCAAUGUGGUCCGACAUCACGAAAAGCAUUUUCUUUUUUCCGCUCAGCCUCGCAUGCUUGGCCAGCGGUAUACUUACAACGCAAGUGCUUCGGGAUUUUCAACCGGGGACGAGUUUGCAGUAUCCGCCCCUCAGUUACCUCCCGACCACAAACAUCGUACCCCCGAAACUUUCGCAGCAUGCUGUUUUCGUUAAUCAAGCUUUGGACAAUGGCCUGGAAGACGUAGCAGCAGCACCAACUAGAGGAUUCCUUGAAGGACAAACGCAAGGAGGACAUUCGUACCUGAAACCGUUAUCGAUCGACCUCAAAGCACCUUUCAAAGGCCAGCAGAUUAAAUUAAUCGCGGACAAGCAAAGCCUCGCAUGCUUGGCCAGCGGUAUACUUACAACGCAAGUGCUUCGGGAUUUUCAACCGGGGACGAGUUUGCAGUAUCCGCCCCUCAGUUACCUCCCGACCACAAACAUCGUACCCCCGAAACUUUCGCAGCAUGCUGUUUUCGUUAAUCAAGCUUUGGACAAUGGCCUGGAAGACGUAGCAGCAGCACCAACUAGAGGAUUCCUUGAAGGACAAACGCAAGGAGGACAUUCGUACCUGAAACCGUUAUCGAUCGACCUCAAAGCACCUUUCAAAGGCCAGCAGAUUAAAUUAAUCGCGGACAAGCAAAGGUCGCCUAAGGAGACGCAACGGGGUCAGGGAACGCCGCCGGCGAGGAUCCAUCAUGGAUCGGGAUCGGCCGGUGUGCCCGGGGCUCGGGCAGAGGUCGAACAUCAUCCCCAACCGCCCCGGCGGACGUCGUCGUAUCAAGUCGUAGAAGAGCGCGAUGAAUACCGAACGGACAAUCCGGAUCAUGCCCGAUUGCCCUAUCGUUCGAACGUUCCGACGUCGGAGCCCCAUCGUAAUUCGCAAGACAUAACGGCGGCCAUCAAAGCCCUCGAUCACUUCCUGACCGGGGUUCUGAACGGCGACAGUUAUAACAGCGGGCUACAUCCACCGCCCAGUCCUGUUCUUGCCCUGGUCCUAUCACGAUACGGGCGAUAUGUGCUCGGGGCACGGAAUCCACGGAUCUAUGCACACAUGGCUGUCAACAACAUACACAACAACAGACCUUUCGGUAGCUAUAAGGUGGAGUCGGAGCAAGAGCCGAGUUAUAGACGGAGGUAAUGUCCCGGAGGUGUUCAAUCGCGAGGACGCGUUCCCGCCGCCGUUUUCGAUUCUGUUCGGUUAGCGUCGGGUGCAGAGAUCGGCUGUUUCUCGAUGAUUUUAGGUGAGAAGAGUAUUGUUGUAGGGACGAGGUCUUUUUGAUUGAUUCUAUGCAAUUGAUAGUGGGAAAGAGGUGAGGUCUUCUUGAAGGACGUUGAACGAACGAUAUUGUUGCGGAGAUGCGAGGUCUUUCUGAAUAAUUCUGUAGAAAUAGUAUUGGUAAAGAGAUGAGAGCUUUCUGAAUAAUUUUGUGGAAACAAUAUUGGUAAAAAGGUGAGGAUUUUGUACAAGCAAUAUUGUUAUAGAGAUGAGGUUUUUUGGAUGAUUUUAUACAAACUAUGCUGAAAUAAAAAUGAGGUCUUUCUGAAUGAUGUUGAACAAACAAUAUUGUUAUAAACAUGUGAGGUCAUCCUGAAUAAUUUUGUACAAACAAUAUUGGUAAGGAGAUGAGGUCUUUCCGAAUAAUUUUGUACAUCAAUAUUGUUAUAGAGAUGAGGUUUUUCUGAAUAAUUUUAUAAAAACUAUACUGAAGUAAAAAUGAGGUCUUUCUAAAUGAUGUUGAACAAAGAAUAUUGUUAUAAACAUGUGAGGUCGUUCUGAAUAAUUUUGUAGAAACAAUGUUGGUAAGGAGAUGAGGUCUUCCUGAAUAAUUUUGUACAUCAAUAUUGUUAUAGAGAUGAGGUUUUUCUGAAUGAUUUUAUGCAAAUAAUACUGAAGUAAAAAUGAGGUCUUUCUGAA